UUCUAAGAUGGUUUUUCAUGCCAUGGAAAAAGAGUAUGCAGCCAUCGACUUUCCAUCUGGAGGAGGUACAACAUUUAUUCAAGUUCCCUUCUGUUCAAAUCGUAUCGGAGGUAAUCACGCAAGAAGUAUUAAUCCUUUCAUUAUUGAUGAAAAAGUUGGAGCUGUUUCUUCCAAGAAAAGGGAAGUCAAGUUUGAUCCAUCUGCCAAUAUUAUUCUUAUCAAAGAUUGUCCGUUCAGCGUCGGUAAAAGUAUGGAUGUCUUUGUGUUUGACAUACACUAUGCAAUCAUUCAUUUCAUCAUCGGAACGUGGACUUUUAAAACUCUGUAGCUGGACACCAUCGCUUGUCCAUUGGAUGGGCAUAAACAUAAAAAGCCUAAG